AUGAGUUUCAUAAGCCCAAAAGCAUCACCGAGCAUACCUUCCGUUUCUGAAAGCGUUGUUAGCUACGACAAAGAAAACGACAAUUCCGAUAAAACGGAGUUUUCAGAGCUAUCUGGAAAUAAAAUUGAAGAAAUUAUCGACUGUCGUUUGGAAUCAAUCCGGUCUGAGCUUCUUGAACUUCAAAAACUUCCGUGGGAAGUUCGGAAAUUAAAAGAGCGUGCUUCGGUACUAGAAAAUGAAAAUGAGACAAAAAGCUUGACCAUCAAGGCAUUGGAAGAAAAAAUAGACAAGAUGGCGUUAGAAUUGGAGAUAAACCGGCCAAAACAAAAGAUGAUUGCAUUAACAAUAACAAUUCUGAAAGCUUUACUUGUGAUUUACUUGUGA